AUGUUUCACACAAAUGGCGCUGGAGGCCUCCUCCUUGGGCGUCACGUCCUUGCUCCACGUCACGAUCAUGGAAAUCGGCUGUACUUGGGAGUAGUUAAAACGCAGAAGAAAAGCAAGCGGUUCGGAGUAGUUUUCUGCAUUCCUUAUGCCGGUCUCAAAGAAGACGAGAGUUUGGAGUACUGCAUGCAGGAGGUGGACAUCGACGACAUCCUUUCCUACACUGACCUUUAUCGCCACGCAGUGUGUGAGAAGGAUGACGUUCUUGUACCGGCAAGUCUUCUUCAACCCCGUAAUGGUGAAGGAGCGCGGUCGGAGGCGCUGAUGGACCCUCCUUUUGCCGGGCAGCCCUACGUUCUUGCCGUGGUUCAUAAGGGAUUUGAGCCUCGCUCGUCUCGAGGAGGAAGAGUCGGAUCACCAAGUCGCAAGACGGCCUCGCUGGUGGUGAAAGUAACAGGAGUUGAGCAACCUCGUCUUUGUGCCAUUCCUGCGGGUUGCGCUCUGUGGAUACCAGAGAAACAGGCACGUGUGCUCUAUAGUCAGCAGUGUCAUUUCUAUGACCAAAAGGCGAGCGACAGGCGCGAUGUGAGUCCGUUCCAUGAGGAACACGAGUCUCUUUGCAUGCAUGGUGGACCCAACUCACCCAGUCAUCGCACCAACAACGGAGAUACUAACAGCCAGCACUCAUACAAGAGCUCCGAACUCUUCCGUAGGUCUGUGGAUAGUGCAGAAUCUGUCUCCUCCUCCUUCUCCUCCUUGCAUGCGCAUCGGAGAGGACGCUCUUCAGGAGGCAGAAGUCGUACAGGUAAUUUGCAUAUAAGCAAAUAG